AUGGAAAUGGCGGAUGCAGGCGGCGAGAAGGAGGUGUACACGCGCCUGCUGGCAUGUGACCAGUGGUUCACCCACAUGGCGACGAAGAUGCCCGCCGACGACGAGGUGGCAGGUGCCAACCUGCUCACGGUGGCCCUCCGGCUGUUCUUCCUGGAUGGUCUGGUUGAGGAAGCGCCCAAGCAGAUCCAGGUAAUUCAUGCGAAGCUGGAGGAGCGCCACAGCGACAAGAGCGUGCUCCUGCGGCUGGCCGCCGACUUCUGCUACACCACCGCCUCAUCUGUCGUGGCCUUCGCCGCCACAACCACCUACGCAGAUGAGGUGGAGGCGUACCUGCUGGUGCAGUACGCCCGCAAGAGCCACCUGGCAUGUGGCCUGCUGAAGCAAGCCCGCAAGCUGGACAUGCUGGCGCCCCCCGGUAGCAAGCGCUUUGCCAGCCUGGCCAAGGACAUCAACCCGAUGCUGCAGGACGAGCCUCAACCGGAUGAUGUGGCAGCUCAUGAUGGCUUGCUGCUGGUGGGCGGCUACUGCCUGGAGCGCCUGGUUCGCAAAGCGGUCAAUCAGAGCGGGGCCCAGGCCGGCACCUGUGACCAGCAGCUGGCCAUGAAGCUGCUGGAGCCCAGCAUGGAGAUUGUGGAGAUGACGGAGCGGCACACAGCCUUUUUCAACGUUCUGGCGCAAGCCUCCCUGCUGGAUGCCUGCGCCAUCGAGCGUGAUUACGGCGCACUGUACCGCCUGAAGGAGCAUGUACUGGGCCUGAAGACGCACGGGGCCAUCGAGGAGGCGUGCGACCUGCUGGGCGCGGUGGCUCGCAAGGGUGUAGCCUCCAGGCGUGUGCCUGCGCUGGCUGCUGCCUUUGUCAACACCACCGACUACCUGCUAGAUGACUUCCUUCCAUCCCUCUGGAAGUACACCCACGCCGUGAAGGGUGCGCGCGUGCUGUCAGCGGCAGCAGAGGCGCCGCUGAUCCGCAGCAGCAGGGCCGCCGCCGAGAUUGACAGCGCCCUGGACCAGUACUAUGCACUGGUGGAUUCGGAGGCGCGGCAGGCCAUCAAGCUGGACCAGGAGGUGCCGCACGAGGUGCAGCAGAUGACGCGCCGCGGGGAAGCGGCGGUGCAGGCGGCACGGGCGCUGGCGGAGUUUGAGGAUGACUUUGCGGGCCUCAUGAUUGCGCCCGCAGCCGAGCCCGGGGGCAACAGGCCCGCCGCCCUGACCAUCAGCAAGGCGACUUCAGUAAAGACCGCUAAGAUGGCUGCCGAAGCGCUGUGGGAGUCGGCGUUUAAGAACAUCGCCGCCACUGCGGCUCUGUGCCGGUACUCAGCCUUCAAUCUUAGCAGGGUGCCCACAGCGUAG